GAGUUUUGUAACAACACUCCAUUGACUGGCACUGAUCUAUCCUGUUUUUCCAUGAUUUGGCCUGAAUCUGCUCCUUCUAUUGUUGACAUCCCAUCUCUUCCUUCUUCUUACCACUCUCGAAAUGAUGUUUUGAUUAAAAUAUCACUAAACAAACUCAGUUCGUUUCUCCCUUUUGUAGUCAUUUCAAAGACUAACCUCUAUUUGUACAAUGCUAGUCCAAUAGUUCUAACUUCAGCUUAUACGAGAUCAAAGGAAUCGCUCGACUUAUAUGGUGACAACCACUCUUUAAAGUGCUCAAAUGAUGGAUCGUUAAUCUUUGUUCAAACUUCAAAGGGCUUUCUUUUAAUCUUUUCAAUUUUAUCUAAUUUUCCUGACUUUACAAAUUACCUCAAGAAUAAUGUAAAUCUGAAUUUUGACUCACAUUCUGAUUCUGAUUCUGAUUCAGGUUAUAAUUUUCACAGCAACGCAUAUUCGGAUAAUAAUAAUAACAACAGCAAUAUUGAUUCAAACAAAACUCAAAAUUCUUUGAAUAUCACCUCAAAUAACCCUCAUUCAAACGAUGAUAAAGAUAAACUGGAAAAAUCUUCAAGCAUUUCAAAUAUUUUCAGCUCCUUUAUAAUUUCAAAUGAUUCUUCAUUGAACGAAAUUUAUUCAAUCUAUAAUACUCAAGACCAAUUGAUCCAAUUGGGUUUGCCUAUCACUCAACAUAAUAACCACCUUUUUUCAGGCUUUAGCAGUAAUUCUAAUGAUAACACUCAUUCUGCAAUUAAUAAUAAUAAUAAUAAUAAUAAUACUAAUAAUACUAAUAAUACUAAUAAUACUGAUAAUACUAAUCAUAAUAUUCAUACCAACAAAAACAGCAAUAAUUCUAACAAUAAUAAUCAUAAUCAUAAAAAUUAUUCAAAUGACAACUAUAAUGACAAUAAUUUCAAUGCCACCCAAUCAAGUCUAACUGAUAGUUUAAUAUAUGAUUAUAAUUUGAGAUUCAAUUUAAUUCUAAAAUUUCAAAAUAUACUACUAGACUUUAUUCCAUUAAACAAUUUUUUUCUUCUAUUAUUAAUCAAAACAAAGGACAAAAAUGUCAUUUUAUUUCAACUAAUCAAUCUAAACAAAAAUAAAAUCAAAAACUCUUUUAAUAACUCCU